AUGUCCCGCAUACUCGAAUCCAUCCACCCACCCCCCUUCCUCCCCAAAUGCUCCAUCUUUGACUAUCUCUUUGGCGACCACCAAUGCUACCCCACCCCCGACCCCAAGGGGAUCGCCUUUAUCGACGGGCUCUCUGGCAAGAAGGUCCAACGACAACAAGUCGCCCACCAAGCCCGUCAACUCGCGGCAGGGAUCCGCUCCUUAGGCGUCAAACAAGGCGAUGUCAUGUUGAUCUUUGGGAUGAACAGUUACGAGUGGAUCAAUGCCUUACUUGGCGGUCAAGCCGCCGGAGUGGUCGUAUCCCCAGCAAGCUAUGCCUAUUCUCCUCCAGAGCUACUCCACCAAAUCAAUGAUUCCACCGCGUCCUUAAUCUUUGUCGGGCCGCUCCUACUCGACACUCUACUCAAGGCUUUGGCCCUCCCCGACGCCCCCAAAAUACCCCCCAGCCGCAUCGUCCUCCUCUCCGAUACAUCCACGGCCGGGUACAAAUCCAUCUAUGACCUCUGGCAGGCGCCACUCACACCGGAACCCUACGCCGAGAGCUCCACAGCCUACCUGUGCUACUCUUCUGGGACAACAGGAAGAGCCAAAGGAGUCGAGACCAGUCACCACAACAUCACCAGUGAGAUCCAGGCGCUCAACACGGUGUACGAACCUCUGGCGGAUAAAGACGUGGUCCUGGGUAUCCUGCCAUUCUCGCACAUCUACGGCCUCAGCGUUGUCUUGCACCAGCCUCUCACCCGCGGGGUACCCGUCGUCAUCCUACCCCGCUUCGAAGAGAUCUCCGUCCUUUCUGCGAUCGAAAAGUACAAAAUCACCUGGGGCCUGGUCGUCCCGCCGGUCCUCAUCGUCCUCAUUCACUCCAAGAAUGUCGGCAACAAACUCAAAAGUUUGAGGGGGCUAAUGAGUGGAGCUGCGCCGCUCGGGCGAGAGCUCACAGCGACGUUUGAAAAGAAGUUCCCUUGGAUCAAGGUCACCCAGGGGUAUGGCCUCACGGAAACAUCCCCGGUGACCCACGUCAUGACGUUGGACGAGUCACGAACCCACUCGGGUCAGGUCGGGCGGUUGAUGCCAACCUUCCAGGCGCGGCUGGUGGAUGCGGAAAGCGGAAAGGAUGCAGAACGAGGGGAGCUAUGGCUGAGGGGGCCGUGCGUGAUGAAGGGGUAUUGGCGCAACGCCGAAGCGACGAGCAACACAUUUGCCGAGGGAGGAUGGUUCAAGACGGGCGAUGUGGCGGUCGUCGCGGAGGACGGAUACUUUGCCAUUGUGGACCGCGUCAAGGAAUUAAUCAAGUACAAGGGUUUCCAAGUCCCUCCGGCGGAAUUGGAAGCGCUCCUCUUGUCGAACGAUCAAGUCGCCGACGCAGCCGUCAUCGGGAUCUGGUCCAAGGAUCAAGCGACCGAACUCCCUCGAGCAUACAUUGUCCCCGCGACCAAGCCCGCAGACGCGGCGGCGUUUCGAAAGGAGAUUGCCAAGUGGGUCGAGGGCAAGGUGGCGCAUUACAAGAAUCUGCGGGGAGGCGUGGUAUUGAUUGACGCUAUACCCAAGAGUCCGAGUGGGAAGAUUUUGAGAAAGGAUCUGAGGCUGCUGGCCAAGGAGGAGAAAGCCAAGUUGUAG